AAAAAAGGCAAAUGGGGGGUUUUAGGAGGUUUUAGGCAGGGCAAGCCGGCAAUGGAGGAAAGUUUUGUACUUGUCGUCAACCAACACCGCAAACACCUAUAGAAACCUUGACCCAGCUCUCUGACCCACCGAUUUCAACUCGCCCAAAUCUCCCAAAGAAAUGUCUUCUCAAAACCCAGAACCCGAACAAUCCCCUGAUCCCAAAGCCCUGAAAGACCCAGAACCCAAGCAACCCUCCGAAGAACCCCCAAAUCAAGAAUCCAAAGUAGAAGGAGAAGGAGAAGAGGAAGAAGAAGAAGAAGGUGAGUGUGGGUUUUGCUUGUUCAUGAAAGCAGGAGGAUGCAAAGAAAGCUUUGUUGGGUGGGAAAAUUGCAUCCGAGAAGCUGAAGAAAACAAGGAAGAUAUCGUGGAAAAAUGCUUUGAAGCAACCUCAGCUUUGAAGAAGUGCAUGGAAGCCCACGCUGAUUACUAUGAACCCAUUUUACGAGCCGAGAAGAAGGCUGAGGAACAGGCAAUUAUUGAGUUGGAGAAAGAAAAGGAAGAGGAGGGUUUGAGUCCUCAGGAAGAUUCCAAGGAUUUGCAGAAGAAAUCAGAUGGUUAGUGAGUUUUGGGCAUAAUUGAGUAUUUUAACUUAGUGAAUUUUUAGAAAUUCAACGAAAUUGAAAUAUUUUUAAUACUAAAUGUUAUUGUUUUAUGGAUGAUGGAAAUAUGGCCAUCAGAGACUAGAAUAAAUUUUUCAUUCAUAUUGGAACCAAUGGAGUGUUAGAUUACACAUUUUGGAUAGUUCUUUUCCAAAGAUUUGAACUUCAGACCUUGAAUUGGAAUUUCAAGUUCUAACUGUAUGGUUUAUUUGACAA